UUUUUUUAUAAAUAUUCAGUACCCGUUGUCAUCACUUCUCGUCUGUAUUGCUACACUACAUAAUGGCCCUGUGUUCAAUCAUUGGAUUUAUUUUUAAGAAUUUAUGGAAGUAUUGAUGUGCAGUUAUUUGAUUUUUACCAGUGGGGCAACACGCCACGGAGAUGAGUAUUGUAGUCGUUGAAAAUAUUUGCCGGCGGCCAGUGCGCGUUCAGAUGUCGUGGGCCUCUACUUAGUAUACACGAUUUAGUGUUGAUAACAUUGCCGACCAGUGAUCAUGCAACUAACUGAUUCGCUGACCGCAGUUACCCUGCUCGCCGUUGGUUGUGCGAUAUUGUCGCUGACUUUACUGGUAAUUUGCUUGUUCGAUGUCGCGUAUUUUAUUCGUGCCAUGGUAAGUUACGUGUUGGGCUGCUGGCUGAAAAAGAGACUGCGGGUAACCGACACGGCCGUGUACUCGUCUAUGUGCAGUACAACCGACGUGGAUAUUUAUCUCAACCACAUGAACAACGCCAGGUACUUGCGCGAAGUUGACUUUGCCCGGAUCGAGUUCUGUCUGCGUACGGGUAUCUGGCAAGAGGUAAGAUGCCGCGGCGGUUACAUGUUCACCAUCGCCAAUAACAUUCGGUACCGUAAAUUUGUGGGAAUAUGUAAUUCGUAUGUAAUCCGUACGCGAAUAGUCUAUUGGGACGACGUGUCUAUUUUUUUCGAGCACCGAUUUGUCAGCAAGUCGGACGGAUUUGUUCGAGCCAUUAUGCAUAACCGACAGCGGCUGACAGAGUGCAACGUCGAUGAAGUGUUGCGGUCUGUCGCCGGCAAGAAGAAGCCGGCACUGGCACUUCGAAAACCCGACUGUCCCAUGGACAUACAUCACUGGAUACAGUCCUGUCUAAUUUCCAGUGCCGACUUAAAAGCCGAGUCUCAGAUGGCUUAAGAUGAAUUCUCGGAUUUAUCGUUAUGGAACGCCUGAGACGAUCAAUGAUAAAGACAGUCUCGUUUCGGUCGGAGACAGUGUGAAAAACUGCCACGGAGUUUGUCGUUGUACUUUAUUUGUCUAAGAGAUAAUUGUUGGUUUGAAGCAAACGGCCAUCGUACCAACAAAGUACCAUUUCUAAAAAACACGUAUUACUUAUGUAGUUAUAAAACUCAAGAAUAGCACUCGUUUAUGAACUAUGAGGUCACAGUCACUUACCGAUAUAUUUUUCAUUAAAAAUGUGCUAUAAAUAAUUGUGUUGCAUACGAAAACAAUAUGUUUUGAUUUGUUAUUUAAAUUUUUUAUGUAGAGAAAAAUAUUUAUUUUCGAAUUAUAAUUUUUAAUUUCAAUUUCAAAAUAAA